CAGGUAGACAUACACUAGGGACGUAAUAAUGAGUGGCACUUUCAGUCCUUUUUGGCCAAAACUUCCUCUCUAGUUUAAGCAUAACUCAAAAAUUCCUAAAUAACGGUACUGCAGAGGUUCACAAUAAAAUUCGAACACACUCCCAAUGGAUACUAAUUAUGACAAUAUUCAAGAUUGCUCUGAAAAACAGAAAGAGGUAAAAUGUGAACAAAUCCAAAGUGGAGGAAACAUUGAUAUUAAUUAUGGAGAUAUUAAAAGGGAAAUCAAAGAGGAAGAAGUAGGGGAAAGUACAAUAGAUUUGUUGAAAGAGAAUGGUUUCAAAAUUGAACUUUGUCACCAUGAACAAGUCAAAAGUGAGGAGUUUAAUAUUUGUUAUCAAGAUAUAGAGGAAAAAAAAGCAGGGGAAUUUGGAGAUUAUGUCGAUUUCGAUAGUGCAAUAGACUUAUUGGUCUGCAAAACUGUCAAGUCUGAUCAAUCAGAAUCUAAUGAUAGUAAAGAUGCAGGGAUCAAUUACAUGACUGAGGAUGGCAAACCUUUCUCUAGCACUGCACCAGAAUCCGAAUCAAUGUGCAUCAACAUAAAAGAUGAACAAGUUUUCAAGGAAGAAAAAACGUUACCAGUUUCUUACACAGAAGAGGUUUCAGUUGGGAAUUCCAGAAUUGAUGACAAUCCUGGUAGAAGCGAAAUUUGUGACAAGAAAUCUUCUCAAAUUAGCAACUUGAUAGUUCAGAAAAGAAUUCAGACUAAGGAAAAGCUCGUGAAUUGUACAUUUUGUGAAAAAUCUUUCAGGUCCCAUAGUUGCUUGAUGAGACAUCAAAGAACUCAUACUGGGGAAAAACCAUAUAAAUGUAAAUUAUGCACAAAAUCUUUUUCCCAAAAUUGUUUCUCAGAAUGGACACUUACUAGUUCAUCAAAGAACGCAUAG